AUGCGCCGGCCACUUUUUCUUCAAAUCCUAAAUGCGAUAGAAGAUUAUGACUCAUACUUUGCCCAAAAAAGGGAUCGAGCUGGUCAUCUUGGUUUAUCACCUUCACAAAAGGUCACUGUUGUGAUGAGAAUGAUUGCUUACGGAGUUGCAGCUGAUGCUAUCGAUGAUUAUGUGCAGAUCGGUGAAACUACUUCAAUUGAAUAA